GGAAAAAUUCUACGGUCGACCCGUGAUCGUGGCAGAUCGUGAGUUAGUGGAAACAGGAGCUGACGAGAUCCUGAGAGAUGCAGAAACAUCAGACAUCGGUUUCCUGGUGAUUGGAGAUCCUUUCGGUGCAACAACGCAUACAGAUCUGGUCCUGAGAGCGAGAGAAAAAAAUAUUCCAGUCCAAAUAGUUCACAAUGCCUCGAUAAUUAAUGCCAUUGGCUGCUGUGGACUCCAGCUCUAUUCAUUCGGUGAGACAAUAUCAAUUCCUUACUGGACCAAUACUUGGCAGCCAGAUAGCUUUUACGAGAGAAUAGCCGGAAACAGAAGUCGUGAUCUUCACACAUUGUGUUUGCUGGACAUCAAGGUCAAGGAACCAACACCCGAGAGCUUGAUGAAGAGGAAAAAGGAGUACAUGGAUCCCAAAUUCAUGAGCGUCAGGGAGGCAUCUGAUCAGCUGAUUCAAGUCUUGGAUAAAAGAAAACAAGAGGGAAAAGAAUUAGCAUUCACUGAGGAUUCCCUGGUGGUUGGUCUCUCCAGGGUGGGCUCUCCAGACCAACGAAUAAUCGUCUGUCCCCUCUCGGAGAUGCGUUCAACGGACCUGGGGGCACCUCUCCACUGUCUGGUGAUCCCUGGGGUUCACCUGCAUCCCCUGGAGGCUGAAUACCUGGUGCAAUUUUCCUCCAACCCCGAGGAGUUCUCCAAAUCACUGAAUCUUUGAUGAUGUUUCAGAAAAUAAAAAGAAAAGGCGGAAAUUUAUUGUUGGGAGUUAUUGUCCUUCCAGUUCCUGUUUGUCCUAUGUAAAUUCAGGUGAAUGAAGUCGAGGGGUGGGGAGCUGGGCAUGUGGGCUGGUUGUUGUACUGCCAGGUGGCCAUGGAGAAUUUUCAAUCGAUCGACGAGGAAUCGAGCGCCUUGGUGGCAUCGAAGGUGAAAUUCAACGUUGGCCUCUGGAGACAGACCAGUUGUGCUUGGGAAUGCUACACCUACGUAACUCUCGUGCCUGUCACCGACCAUCACCGGUUUUUAUUCCUCUUCAGGGUAUCCAAGUACUUUAUUUUUCUCUUAUACAUUUGGAAUUCUUCUUUUUAUUUGUCGUUCCUCCCCAAAAAUUCGUGUCCGCGGACUUUAUCUUUUUUCCGGUG